CAGCUUAAAAACCUUCCACCCAUAAAUCAUAAUCAUCACAAAUUCAUAUUCCCAUCUCAAAAUUGCGUUUCUCUCUCUCUUCUACCAAUCUCUCUGCUCUUUUAUGUGUUUGUCUUUCUGUAUAACCUCUGUAUAACCCUCACGUGCAAGAAGCUAUAGCCUGUAGUUUUUAACUAUACUGUAUUAGUACUGUACAUUUCCCUUGGAACCUGCAUUUUACUUACUUUGUUUUCUGGGUUCUUUUUUUUUUGGUAUGACAGGGCUUAUAAAAGCUGCCAAUAUCAUAAAAAAGUAGUCUUUUUCAUUCAUUUCUUUCAGAUGCUCUUCUUCUUCUACAAUAACGAAGAAUCAUCUUUUUCUUCCAACUUUUUUCAUCUUUUUCACUAAUCCCAUUAUAAUCAUGGCAUUAGAAGCUGUUGUUUUCUCUCAAGACCCACUAAUUACUACUUAUAAUUGUUGUUCUAGUAGUAACAACAAUAAUAACUUUGGAAUUAACUAUGAGUUCUCUAAUUACUAUUCCUCUAAGAUAGAGGACAGUUUCAAGGUACCCUUUAAUAUUGGGUUAUUUGAUGUUAAUAGUAACAAUAAUAAUGUUUAUGAUUACUCCAAUACUUCGGAAAUAAUCCUUGAAAAUAAUUGGAAUAAUCAUUAUGUUCCUCAAAAUUAUUCCUCGCCAGAAGAUAAUCUAUAUCUAUCUGGCGAAGCUCCGCCGCCUAGUACCGCCACAGCGGAAACCGCUGCUGGCGGUACGCGUAGGAAGAGACGGCGGCGGAGCUGUAAAAAUAAAGAGGAAGUGGAACAUCAAAGGAUGACUCACAUUGCUGUGGAACGAAAUAGGCGGAAGCAAAUGAAUGAGUACCUUGCUGUUAUUAGGUCCUUGAUGCCUUCUUCAUAUGUUCAAAGGGGAGACCAAGCAUCAAUAGUAGGAGGAGCAAUAAACUAUGUGAAAGAGCUAGAGCAACUAUUGCAGUCAAUGGAGGCAGAGAAGAGAUCCGACAAACACCAACGCCACGACGAACACCAACGACAGCCAUCGCCACCUUCGGGUGGCGAUGGCGGUGAUAGAAAAUUUGUUGGUAACUCGGGAGACACAGCAGCAUGGCCACUACUAUUUGCUGAUUUCUUCAGCUUCCCUCAGUACUCAACUCGGUCAAAGCCGAACUCACCAGGAUCAGGAUCAGGGUCCGGAUCAGGGUCUGGGUCUGUGUUAGGGAGCAGCAACUCAGUGACUAGCAGUAACUCGAGUGUAGGUGACAUUGAGGUGACAAUGGUGGAAAGCCAUGCAAACGUCAAAAUAUUAGCAAAGAAGCAACCGAAGCAACUACUUAAAUUAAUUGCUGGAUUUCAGGGUCUUCGCCUAAAUGUUCUCCAUCUUAACGUCACUACUGUUGACUCUUUCGUCCUUUACUCUUUAAGCCUCAAGGUUGAGGAUGGUUGCCAGUUGAAUUCAGUUGAUGAUAUCGCGGCAGCUGCUAAUCAUAUCCUUGGGCAAAUUCAAGAAGAAGCUGAAGAUCAGUUACUUUAAUGCAAUAGUAGUAUGAUCAUAAAGCAUAAUUUUAGCUUCCAAUAAUAUGUAUUAGCACUAAUGACAUAGUGGGGUGUAAAAUAAUUCAAAAAAUUUCCCCCCCUCCCCCUCUUUUAUAAUUGGAAUUAUAUAAUAUGAUCCACUUUUUCUAUUA